UUGACUAACUUCACACCAAUUUGUUUGGCGACCUGAAAAAGUGUUUUUUGAGAGUCUUUUUGAAAAGCAUUUUUCUUGUAUUUUUCACCUUUUCCCGCACGCAAAUUGCACGAAAAAGCGAUAAAGAUGCCUAAAACUAAGAAGCCAGCAAGUAGCUCAGACAGUGAUUCCGGACCGGAAGAUAGGAAUCCCGUGAGUAAGAAGCCCAAACCAACGACAACAGAGAAGAAACCAUCCGGAGGCGGAGGAGACGGUCCGGAAGGGGAGUGGCACAUCGAGGGGAUGCGAUAUCUCAAGGUCAGGGAAUUCCGGGGACGUCAACAGAUUGACAUACGUGAGUACUACGAGAAAGAUGGGGAGAUUUUGCCGGGGAAGAAGGGCAUUGCUCUCACUCCUGCUCAAUGGAAGAAAGUUCUUGGCUUUGCUGAGGAAGUUAACAAGAAACUCCACUAGGAGAUUCCUGUCUCUGGACAUUUUUCUUUCUCUCCAAAUUCUCUCCCACCAUUGCCCAUUUGAAUUACAACAAAGGAGGAGAUUUUCUUGAAGUUUUUCCACAAGUUUCCCGAAAGGGAUUCUAUUGAAGUUAAACUCAUUCAUUGUUUUUUAAUUAAUCUGUAAUGUUUUAUAAAAAAAAUGCUGAAUUACUUGUUUUGGAUUAAGUUAUUUUUUCAAACUAUUAAAUGAAUUUCAUAAAAAGGUUAAAA